AUGUCCGUUAAAGACCUCACCACCAUAACCAAAGAACUCGCCGGGACUCAGUAUACCUCAUCCUCUCUGACCCCACUAAGCGGGGGAACCGCCAACUUUGUCUAUCGGGCUCAGCUCGACCAGCCGCUCCCAGAUGGAACAAAUUCCGUCAUUGUGAAGCACACAGAGGCGUUUAUUGCCCUGAAUCGGGAAUUUAAACUUCCCGCUGAACGCUGUCUUUUCGAAGAAUCCAUCUUGAAGGCUCUCGACGGGUUUCCUAGCAUACUGGACAGAAGCAAGCAUUGCGAGACGAACCCUCAAGAAGUGUUAGUCAAAACACCUCGUCUCUUCUCAUUCAAUCGCGAAACCUACACUGCUGUUCUAGAAGACCUCCCCGAUUCUCUGGACCUUAAGUCCUUCUUAAUUUCCACAGCUGCUUCCAACAACGUGACUCAAGGAUGGGCAUCUUCUAUAGGCCGUGCACUAGGGAACUGGCUACGAUCAUUCCAUCACUGGGCUGAUAAUGAGGCCCAAUCAGGGGUGGCGGCAGAGAUGGACAAGAACCAGUAUAUGAGAGACUUGAAGUUUAUGGUCAACUAUGAUGCCCUCGUGAACACAAUUGAUAAAUACCCGACUGUACUGGGAGACUCUCGGGAUGUGUUUAGCAAGGUUCGGGAAAUGGCGGCUGCAGAGUUGAGUCGAAAGGACGGAAAUGGUUUUGGGAUAAUCCAUGGAGACUUUUGGUCGGGAAAUGUCCUCAUCCCCAAGGCGGCCCUAGAGCAACCAUAUCACCUUCCCGUAUUCAUCAUCGACUGGGAACUCUGCCACUGCGGUGCUCGUGCCCUCGAUCUAGGACAGAUGUUUGCUGAGCUAUACCUAUUGAAGCAUUUCAAGGACAUCGAUGCCGCGACAUGGAUAAUCCAAGGCUUUAUGAAAGAAUAUCAGGGCCUGGGUGAUGAGAUGGCCUUUCGGGUAUUGAUCCAUGUUGGCGUCCAUUUCAUUGCCUGGGCACCCUUAAUUCCUAAUUGGGGUACCUCACAGCAGGUUGAAGAUGCUGUUCGUCUGGGUAGAGAUAUCGUCACCAAGGCAUGGGAAAAGGAUAGGAGCUGGUUUGAAGGGGUAUGGAAGUCAUUGUUUCGAGAUCAGUAG